UUCCGCACUUGUUCAGGUUUCUUUAUUCCUUAUCAACACACAACAAUCAGUAACAAUGAAGUCGGUGGUAGUUUUAGUUUUUGUUAUAUCUUGUUUUACGUUUACGAAUUCAGCCUCUGUUUUACCACCUUGGUUAACGCCAUGCAAGGGCUCCGAUCCAAAUUUACCCCAAUGUGCGGAGAAAGAAGCGAAUAAAAUUAUACCAAUGCUGGUUAAAGGUUAUCCAAAAUUAAAUGUACCUGUUAUGAAUCCAUUACAUAUACCAGAGAUUAAAGUUCAAUUAAAUAGUCAAUUUAAGAUUUCUUUAAAAGACGUUGAUGUUUAUGGCCUUGAAGAGACUAGAGCUUUUGAUUUUAAUUAUGAUUUUAAAGGAUUUAAAAUUGAUUUUAAACUAGAAAUCCCAAGAUUAGUUCUUUUAGGUGAAUAUGACAUGGACGGUCGUAUUUUGUUUCCUGUCACAGGCAAAGGACCUGGAAAUAUAACUGUUGUUGGUGGUGUCUACGAUAUUGAAUUCACAUAUUCGUUGUUCGAAAAGAAAGGUGUCCAAUAUGGGCAUAUGGACACGGUCGAUGUUAAUAUCGACAUAAAACGUUUAUACGUUCAGUUUGAUAAUUUAUUUAAUGGCAACAAAGAAUUAGGAGAUGCUGCAAAUAAGGCAGCAAACAAUGAAUGGCGUGUUAUCUUUAAAGAAUUGGAACCAACGAUCAAAGAAUGCGUGAAAGAAGUUGUUUUAACUGUAGCAAAUGGUAUUGGUGAUCGUGUUCCGUAUGGAGAUAUUUUUAGUAAUGAAUUUCCAGCAUAAUAAUUUUGUAUGGAAUCGCCUUUAGAAAACGGAGGUUACCCUGAUAAAAAAGUCCGAUUGAAUUCCGAUUCAUAUUUAUUCAUUCCGAUUGAAUUCCAAUUUAAUCUAAUAGAACCCA